UUUUUUCAGUCCAACACCAUUUUGUUAUACAAAGGUCAAGGUCAAACUUUACUUCCGGUGAAAAUUGCAUUAUCAGUUUCAGAUUAAUCAGAUUUGAUCCAGAACUAUGGGUCUUGUGGAUGGAUUGGGAGUUUCUACAGGACAGAGGGUUCUUCUGAUAUGGUCUGGGAACCAAGGGGUAGAAAAACUACAGCAGGCAGUGGAAGAACUCCAGAAGGAAGUGGGAGACUCGGGCAAAGUCCAGGUGGAAAACAUUGAAAGGCUGACUUUGUCUGCCCAUCCUGAUUCCUCAUUUGACGUGGUCAUCUCGGGUUUGAUCCAGCCUUGCUCAUACCUUCACACCACAGACUCGUUGGGAGAAGUUUGUCGCAUUCUCAAACCAAAUGGAGAUUUGAUUGUUAUAGAGCCUGUGAAUGAGUCAGCAGAAAAUGGAGCAAUAAAAGCAAAAGACAAACUUGUUUCUACAGUAAAAUUGUCUGGAUUUGUGGACAUAUCUCCGCCUGAAAAAGUUGAUUUAUCAGCAGAAGAUAUGAGAAGUAUACAAAAUUCUCUGUCAUUAUCUAAAGAGUUCCUGGUUGUCAAGAUUACAUCUAAAAAGCCAAAUUAUGAAGUUGGUUCAAUAUCUCAGCUCAAACUCUCAUUUGGAAAGAAGAAAGUAGCAGAGAAAUCACAGGAAGAAGUGGCCAAGGUGUGGUCUCUGUCGGCCUCAGACAUGCUGGAUGAUGACAUAGAACUGGUGGAUGAUGACGCCCUGUUAGACGAAGAUGACCUUAAAAAGCCUGACCCCUCAACCCUCCGAGCAACAUGUGGUGAUGGUCCGAAGAAGAAGAAGGCCUGUAAGAACUGUACCUGUGGAUUAUCUGAAGAACUGGAGGCGGAAGCUAAAAGCAAGAAAAAGACGGCCACAUCAGCCUGUGGAAGUUGUUAUCUGGGGGAUGCAUUUCGCUGUGCCAGUUGUCCAUACCUGGGAAUGCCUGCCUUCAAGCCCGGAGAAAAAGUGGUUUUAUCAGGGACACAGUUGAAGGCCGACACAUGACGGAAAAGUUCAAAUUAAGAAGACAGGCAAUUAUCUUGAGAAA